CGUCCCACCUCCACCUCCCUCCCGCCGUCCGCCUCCGCUGCCGCUUGUCCAUCUCGACCACGCUCGCCCACGCUUGCCCACGCUUGCCCACGCUUGCCCACGCACGCCCACGCACCCAGGCCUCUCGUCCGCUACGACGGCGGCGCCACGCCAGCUGCGGCGCACGCCACGCCGACGCACGCCACCGCGCCAGCGCGGCUCUUGCGCCCCAUGCUUUGCGCACGCUAGCACAGGUGAGUAGACGCUGGCGCAGGCACGUGCACGCGAGGGUGAGAGGACUUGGCAAAGGCAGCAAUGCGCGUAUGCGCAGCGACGUGCGUGAUGUGCGUCGUUGUGCGUGAUGUGCGUCGACGUGCGUGAUGUGCGUCGGGCGCAGGGCGGAGCAGGACAAGGGCGCGGGGCAUUGGGCGCGGGUCAAGCAGCUUGGCGACGUCAGGCUCGGGCUCAGAGGGGGCUGGGUCUUGAGCAGCACAUUCCAGAGUCGAGCAGCACGGUUCCGCCGCCGUCCGGCUGGCGCUACAGUGGCGAGGUGGCGUCAUGCAAGCGGUGCGUCGUCGUGGUCAGGCUCGGCGAGCCGGCGAUGUGAGAGUCGAGCGGCACGGCGACCAGUGCCGCGCAAGCAGCACGUCGUCGCCGCAAGAGUCAAGCGACGUGUUGGCGUUGCCGUUGUCGGGCUUGUGCUCUGCUGUGGCGAGUCGGCGUCACGCCAGCGGCUUGGCACGUCGGCGUUGCGCAAGCUGCAUGUUGUCGGCGUUGCGCAGGUGGCGUCGCGCGAGCAGCACGUCGUCGUCGUUGCGCAGGUUGCGCGUCGUUGGCGUCGCGCAGGUGGCACGUUGCUGCAAGAGUCAAGCGGCACGGCACUCAGGGCGUGGGUCGCAGCAGGUGGCGUCGCCGUCGUCGUCGGGCUGCAUGACGCGUGGCUCGGCAAGUCGGUGUUGCGCCGGUGGCACGUCAUCAGGGUCGGCGAGUGGGCCUCGAGCGAGCGGCACGUCUUCCUUGCUGCAUGCUGCGGCGUUGUCGUCGGGCUUGGCCUCUGCAGUGACGUGUCGUUGCGCAAGCAGCACGUCGGCGCCAUGAGAGUCAAGCAGCAUGUCGGCGUCGUCAUCGUCAAGCUGGCGCGAGCAGCAUGUUGUUGUCGUCGCUGCCAACAGGCUGCAUGUUGCGUUGCCGUCGUUGGCUCGGCGAGUCGGCGUCGCGCAGGUGCACGUUGCUCCUGCUGCCUGGCUGCACGUGGUCUCGUCGUCGUCGUCGUCGGGCUUGGCGAGUGCCGCGCAGGAGCAUGUCGUCGUUGAGGUCCGGCUCAGCAAGUCGGCGUUGGGAAAGCAGCACGUCGUCGGGCAAUCAGGCUGUGGGUCGCGCCGCCGUCGUCGUGCUUGGGCUCGUCGUGCACAACACUGACACUCCCCAUCUAGCCGUCGCCGUUGCCAGGACCUGCCUGCGUCUCGUCAUCGUCCGCGCCACUCGGCCGCACGCAUGCACGCACGCCUGCCGCACAGCGAGGCCAGCACUUGGCGCAACGCGCCCUGCUGCACCUCGGCCGCUCAGGCCAAGGGGUCUCGGCUCGGCACUGGCGCGUCUUGGCCGCCGUGACGCGCGCGGCGCCUCUUCGAGCGGACCGCCGCCGCCAAGUGAGUAGAUGACCCGCACCGUCGAGG